AUGCCCGGCCUUCCGGGAAAGCAGUACUAUUGUACAGCGAGGAAGAAGGCCGAGGCCUUAGUGGCAUUCAAUGCCUGGUAUGAAAGCCGGAAGGACGACCCGUUCGACGUCGAUGCCGAAAUCCUGGCAUACUGUCAGAUGGAUGUGGAAAUUUUGGCCGCAUCAAUGAAGAAGUAUAUGAUGCUGGCCACCAACAGAACUGGAAUCCCAUGGUGCAUUGCAUUACAUUCGGCAACUUCUCGAUGCUCCAGGUACUAUUUUUUGUUACUUGAUUCAUUUAUUUUACCAUGUUUAGUUAAAAAUGAACCACCUGAAGCCGAAUCAGGUUGGUAUCCUACCCGAGAACUGGUACCAUAA